CGACGGCCGGAGCCGGAUGUGCCAAGAUGGCCGCGUCGGCUGCCGUGUCUGCGCUCGUCACCGCCGCCGGGAGGGCUUUGGCCCGCGGCGCCUGAGUGGCCGCCGCCGCCGCCGCCGCCGCCGCCGCGCGGGUCAAGUUAAGGACAAGCUCUCCCUUACCUCUUCUGUAAGCAGCAUCUCCUGUGGGAAAGAUCCGACAUGCAGCCUCCACCCCAGGCAAUCCCAUCCGGCACGGCUGGUCCUCCUCCGGUUGGGAAUCCUCGGAGCAUGUUUUGGGGUGGCAACAGUCCUUACAGGAGGCCAGCCAGUAAUAAUGCGCCGGUAGCUCCGAUAACUUGCCCGUUGCCGCCAGUAACAGAUCCAUUUGCUCUUAAUAGACAGACGCUCCAACACACACCUUUGGGCAGUUCGUCCAAGAGCAGCGCGCCUGCUUUGCAUAGCCCGGCCUUCCCAGUGUGUUCUCAGUGGUCUGGUUUGCCUGCACCUCACACAAAUGCUGGGGAUAGCUCCCAAGGACCCCAGGAGCCUCUCCCGGGACCUAUGUCACACCCGAGAACAGAUGCUGGUUCGUUUCCUCCUGCAUCCAUCCCUUCAUUGCUGCCUGGAUCUGAGAUGAGUAGGAGCACUGAGGUCGGUUCUGUCUCGGGGCCUGAGAUUCAAAAUCCACCCUAUCCUCUUCACUACAUUCCAGGAGUGGGUCCUGACCCAUCUCGUGGGAGACAUCUGCCUGAGAGUGGGCCUGGGCCGGACAGACCUCUGCAUAGACACCCCCCCCACGAUGGUGUAGGGGCCCCUGCAGCAUCCGCAUUCUUCUCCCAGCCCAGUCCACAGAUGCCGGGUCAGUGGGCGCCGGUGCAGGGAGGCCCACAGACUGCCCAGCACCGCGGCUUGCCCUGCCCAGAGGGACCCCAGGCCACCAGCGCUUCCCAAUUCCCCUCUCCGCCCAACCUUCACCCGGCUCCAGCCCACGAGCCUCACGGCCCACUGGUGUCGCCCCCAGCACCCUUGGCUGGGGGCGAAGGGAGUGAGGUGGCUCACCUGCGAAGUGGAAAACACCUUCUCCCUCAACAUACAUCCGGCCAAAAUCCCAGGAUUGGGAGUUUGUGGGCAAGCCAGGAGUUCAUGCAGAAUCCAGAAGUGAACAAGCAUUUGCCAGACCCUGCCCUUGUGAAUCUACUCACUCAGGGAACGAACCCAGAAAACCAGGUGCGCUGUCCCUUGGGGACUGGGACGAGCCGGGCUCCACUAGAAGCUUCCUCAGGGUCUCUCUCAAUGUUUUUCCAAGGGGAGGAGGCAGAAAAUGAGGAGAACCUCUCCUCUGAAAAAGCAAGCUUUGCUGGCAGAAUGGACUUGGAUGGUUUCUCCUCUAGCCCGGGACUGGGCCGUCCGCCCCCGCCUGCCCACGGAGCUGCUGGCCUCCAUCAGGCCUUUCUCAAGGGCUCUAGCAGCGAGGCUGCGCAGCAGGGAGUUGACGCACAGCCUCACUUUCCUCCGUCUACGGGCAUUCAGCAUGAUAAGCAAACUGCUAGAAACAGUGCUGGAGAUACGUGGGGGGACGCAGCAAGCACUGGGACUCUCAGUGCUCCUGGCUCGCAGUAUGAGAACGUGGAAAACUUAGAGUUUGUUCAAAAUCAGGAAGUUCUGCCGAGUGAGCCUCUGAGUGUGGACCCCUUGUCUUCGAACGACCAUUUCCGGUACGGGGCCCUUCCUGGGCCGGCUGCCCCCAGGCCUGGUGCCGUGGGUCUCAGCAGAAGUGGGGGACUGCAUCUUGAGGCUCCCGAGGUGUCACUGCACCCUGCACGGUCCGACAGCGUGUCGUCCAGCUACAGUGGCCACAGCCACAGGAGUCCUCCCGGGUCAACCAGGCCCCAAGACUUGGUGGGCACGUUUAUUCAGCAGGAGAUUGGAAAACCCGAAGAUGACGCUUCGGGCAGUUUUUUUAAGCAAAUUGACUCUUCUCCGGUGGGAGGGGAGACCGAGGAGACCACUGGGAGCCAGCAUUACCGCAGCAGCCUGUCUCAGCCCUCUACUCCAAGUCCCCCCAAACCUACAGGGAUAUUUCAGACAAGUGCAAAUAGCUCCUUUGAACCAGUAAAAUCCCACUUAGUUGGGGUAAAACCAGUUGAGGCAGAUCGGGCCAACAUGGUAGUUGAAGUGAGAGGAACCCGUGACCACCAGAAGAAGCGCAGAGCAGCUGCCAGGAUGCCCGUUGCUUCCCCAGGUAACCUGGAGCAGCCACCGGACAACAUGGAGACCCUCUCUGCACCCCAGGCCUGCCCUCUGCCACUUAACACCCCUGCAGAAGCUGGCCACACACCUGCACACACCGCAGGGCUACCAUUGGACACUACACGCCCAACACCCGAGAAGAGGCCCUCCGUCAGGACACAGGGAGCUGCGAAGUGUGAGAGCCCAGCAACGACUCUGUGGGCACAGAAUGAACUACCGGAUUUUGGUGGCAACGUCCUUUUAGCUCCCGCGGCCCCUGCACUCUACGUGCCUGCAAAACCUCAGACGUCAGAAGCUGUUCAGCCUCUGGCAAAGGGAGUGUCGGGGCAGCAGCCUCGGAAGCCAGGGGCUGCCCCCCCCCUGCAGAACCAAGAUGGCCUUGGUGCUUCAGAAAACCUUGAGAACCCUCCAGAGGUGGGCGAAGAGGAGGCCCUUCCAUCCCAGGCCAGUUCUGGUUACGCAAGUUUGCUGUCCUCACCACCCACCGAGUCUUUGCAGAAUCAACCCAUCCUGAUUGCUCAGCCUGACCAAAGCUAUAAUUUGGCUCAGCCUGUUAAUUUUUCUGUGUCUUUAGCGAGUCCUAAUGAGAACAGUCAGUCCUGGGGAGAUGCCGUAGUGGGGGAUAAUGCCCAAGGGAGCAACAGCCAGGCUCCCGGUGGUGAUUCUGGAGACCAUGCUGCAUUGUCUGGUGUCGCAACUAAUACUGUCACGGGCUUGUCUCUGUCUCACAGUGCUGCCUCACACAAUGUGCCUCGAGGUUGUGGGUCUUCUGAAAUGGUUUCUAGCCAGCCUGCCAGUUUGUUGGCUCAGUCGCUGUCCCAUCCGGUUCCAAAGACUCUUCCAGAAAGUCAAAAGAAUCACAGUGCAGCAGGAGUUCCUCCUGAGUUUAAUAGCCUUGCUGGAAGCACCGGUGUGACCUUAGUCCCACCUGCAAGCAGCACAUCGGUUCCUAGUAACGAGAAGGCCGAUCAGUGCACUAACCGUGAAGAAACUGUUGGAGCCCUAGACUUCACAUUGAAUAGAACUUUGGAAAAUCCUGGAAGAAUGUAUAGCUCAUCCUAUACAGACUGCCCAGCUUCUCAGCAAGCCAUCGCCAGUCAUCCCAGACAACCUGGGCCUGGAGCACAUAAUGCAGAUCGUUUCUAUCAGCAGGUGACUAAAGAUGCGCAGGACCAGUGUGGCCUGGAAAAGGCGCAGCCAGAGCUCGUUCCUCCCCCGCCACAGACUUCUCCCCAAGCGCACCAGGCGCCGUGUUGUGAACCUUCUAGUUUAGAGAGUUCAUCCGGACAAGGCCAGUCCCAGAGCUCCGCCCAGCCAUCGUCAAGUCCAGCUCUGGCGGACACAGGCCAGCCGCUGCUGCCUCAGCCCCCUCGGUCCUCCAGCGCAUCGGUUGUGUCCACCAGCUCGAGCCAGCCAGCCCCACGAGCAGAGCAGCCCUGGCUGCACCCACCACCUCCACAUGCAUUUGGCCCACCGCCUCAGGACUUGGCGUCCCACUAUUACUACAGACCACUGUACGAUGCCUACCAGUCCCAGUACCCCUCACUCUAUCUGUCUGAUCCCGGGACAGCCUCCUUAUAUUACCAGGACAUCUAUGGCCUGUACGAUCCUCGAUACAGGCCCUAUGACAGCUCAGCCUCCACUUACAUGGAGAACCACCGCUACCCGGAGCCCGAGCGGCCCAGCUCCCGGGCCAGUCACUGCUCAGACCGGCCCGCAGCCAGGCAAGGCUAUCCUGAAGGAUAUAGUAAUUCCAGGAGUGGGUGGAGCAGUCAAAGCGACUACUACGCAAAUUAUUACUCCGGCCAGUAUGACUAUGGAGACUCGAGUCGCUGGGAUCGGUACUAUGGUCCUGGACUCAGGGACACCCGAGACUGGGACCGGAGGGCCUGGUAUGAAGCUGAGCACGACCCAUACAGGAAGGAAACCUGUGCUUACGGCAACAGGCUUGAAAAGUGUGAUGAUCACUGGAGAUACGACCCGCGCUUCACGGGGAGCUUUGAUGAUGACACGGAACCCCCCAGGGACCCCUAUGGGGAGGAGGUGGACCGGCGCAGUGUCCACAGCGAGCACUCCACUCGGAGCCUGCGCAGUGGGCACAGUCUGCCCAGCCGCCGCAGCAGCCUCAGCUCACACUCACACCAGAGUCAGAUUUACAGAAGCCAAAAUGUGACUGCUGGCACCUUUGAGGCCCCACCUCCUCCUGGCUCGCUCCAUGGUGAUUACGCCUAUGGCGCCUAUGGCGGCAAUCUCGGCACUACCCACGGCUUCCAAGAGUAUGGCUAUCCUGUCGACAGCACCUGGCCUGCCAUGGAGCAAGUGCCAUCAAGACCGACUUCUCCUGAGAAGUUUUCAGUGCCUCAUAUCUGUGCCAGGUUUGGGCCUGGCGGCCACCUCCUUAAGGUAGUUCCCAACCUGCCUUCGGAAGGACAGCCUGCACUGGUUGAGAUCCAUAGCUUGGAGACCUUGUUGCAGCACACGCCCGAGCAGGAGGAGAUGCGCUCAUUCCCUGGACCGCUCGGCAAAGACGACACCCAUAAAGUGGAUGUUAUUAAUUUUGCACAGAACAAAGCUACAAAAUGUUUGCAGAAUGAAAGCUUGAUUGACAAAGAGUCUGCAAGUCUUCUGUGGAAUUUUAUUAUUCUGUUAUGCAGACAGAAUGGGACGGUGGUGGGGACGGACAUCGCAGAACUGUUGUUACGAGACCAUAGGACCGUGUGGCUUCCUGGGAAGUCGCCCCAAGAGGCGAACCUCAUAGACUUCACUAACGAGGCUGUGGAGCAGGCGGAGGAGGAGGAGUCUGGUGAAGCACAGCUCUCGUUCCUCACCGACAGCCACACGGCCGCCAGCAGCAGCCUGCUUGAGAAGGAAACGGAGCGCUUCCGAGAGCUUCUGCUCUAUGGCCGCAAGAAGGAUGCUCUGGAGUCUGCGAUGAAAAAUGGCCUGUGGGGUCACGCUCUGCUGCUUGCAAGUAAGAUGGACAGCAGGACACAUGCCCGUGUCAUGACCAGGUUUGCCAACAGUCUUCCGAUCAAUGACCCUCUGCAGACAGUCUACCAGCUCAUGUCCGGGCGAAUGCCUGCUGCAUCCACGUGUUGUGGAGAUGAGAAGUGGGGAGACUGGAGGCCACAUCUUGCUAUGGUGUUAUCCAACCUGAACAACAACAUGGACGUGGAGUCCAGGACCAUGGCCACCAUGGGCGACACUCUAGCCUCCAAAGGCCUCCUAGAUGCCGCGCACUUCUGCUACCUGAUGGCCCAGGUUGGAUUUGGGGUUUAUACGAAGAAAACCACCAAACUGGUUCUGAUAGGAUCAAACCACAGUUUGCCAUUUUUAAAGUUUGCCACCAAUGAAGCCAUUCAGAGGACAGAGGCCUACGAGUAUGCUCAGUCCCUUGGGGCCCACACCUGCCUCUUACCUAACUUCCAGGUGUUCAAGUUCAUCUAUUCUUGUCGCUUGGCUGAGAUGGGACUUGCCACCCGCUUCCACUACUGCGAAGUGAUCGCCAAGAGUGUCCUGGUGCAGCCGGCCGCUUUCUCCCCAGUGCUCGUCACCCAGCUGGUGCAGAUGGCUUCGCAGUUACGCCUCUUCGAUCCUCAGCUGAAAGAGAAACCAGAGGAGGAGUCCUUUGUGGAGCCUGCCUGGCUGGUGCAGCUGCGGUGUGUGGAGAAGCAGAUCCAGGAGGGGGCGCUGCUCUGGAGCCAGGACGCAGCCGACCCCCGGCAGUGCCCCAGCACACCAAGCUCGGAGGCGGAGCAGUUGAAUGGUGCGAGUGUUGGCCAGCCAGCAGGGCUGGGAGCGGACAACCCCCUACUGAUGCCGGGCACGGAGCCCUUGAGCCAGGACGUGCAGCUGCUGCCCUCAGCUCCACAGACGCUCUCUGAGGACCAGCCAGCCCACCCUGCCAGGGUGCCCAUGUUCUCCGUGCCGCUGUCCUGGGGCCCCCAGGAGCCAGGUCCUGGCUAUGGGUCUCAAGGAUCUGCACUUGGCCUCCCACAACACGCCAGGCCUGAUGCCCCAGCUCUGCACCCGGGACUGGCCCUGCCACCAGGGGCACCAUCGCUUCCAGAAAGUGGCCCCCUGCGCCAGGAGACCAGGAGCCUGGACCCAGGAGUGGCACCACAGGACUUGCCUGUCAGAAACACCCUUCCAGAGCUCAGUGAAGAGGACUCGGAUGGAAAACUUGCUACUUUGGGCACCUCAAGGACGGCGCCAGGCUUGGAGACCCCACCGGCUUGGGAUUAUAACGGCUCAGCCUCCACACAGCCUGCUCCACCUCUGACACCUACUCCCGAGGCCAAGAGACCUCCACCGGCGGUCAGAAAAGAAGCCAAAGAGCCAAAGAAGAGUGAGUCCUGGUUCUCUCGGUGGCUGCCUGGGAAGAAAAGGACAGAAGCUUACUUGCCAGAUGACAAGAACAAAUCAAUUGUCUGGGAUGAAAAGAAAAACCAGUGGGUAAACCUGAAUGAGCCAGAGGAGGAGAAGAAGGCACCACCCCCACCUCCAACAUCAUUCCCCAGGGCCCCACAGACGGCUCCCACGGGGCCCCCAGGGCCUCCUGCAGCCUCCGUGAACCUGUUUUCUAGAAAAGCAGGCGGAUCCAGAGCUCGCUACGUGGAUGUUCUGAACCCAAGUGGGACUCAGCGGAAUGAGCCAGCUCUUGCUCCCGCCGACCUCUUUGCUCCACUCGCCCCACUCCCAAUCCCUUCUAAUCUGUUAAUACCAAAUCCAGAUGCAGAAGAGCCACCGCUUGCAGACCGGGCUGGCAGCCGGGGACAGGUGCCAGCUGGGGCUCAGCCCAAGCCAGAACCCGGCACAGAAGCCCAGGAGCUCAGCUCUUCAGCGUCAGCCUCUGGUCCUGAACUCACGCCCUCCAGACUGGAUGGUUCCCAGGGAGGAGAGCUCUCGCGCUGUAGCUCAAUGAGCUCGCUCUCACAGGAAGUGAGCCGGCAUUUUCAUCAGGCUCCCAGCGACCAUGGCCCCGCAGGGCCCCCUCCCGGCGGGGCAGUGCCCUUCUACAACCCGACUCGCUUAGCACAGGCCUCUGCCACUUCGGGGAGCUCCAGACUCGGGAGAAUUGGCCAGAGGAAAUACCCGGUGUUGAAUUAGGGUCACCCAUUUUGGAUUCUCAUUUGGAACUCCAAGAUGACUGUUCUCCACCAAGAACCGAACCGCCUGCCUCAGGUCUGGAGGCCUCCGGUGGACUCGGCCGCGGCUCAGAGCCAGCCACACUGCGUGUCUCCCUCCUUUCUGCCCAUGUGUAUGAAUUACUGCAAGAUCAAUUCCACUGUUCCUUUCAGAUGCUGGAUAGAUUGAAUGACAAAAGAUCUUUCUCGUAAAAGAACAGUAUUCCUUUCUGAGUCACUUAGGAUGACUUGAGGAUGGUGAUUCUGUCAGCCACUUGAGAAUGCCACAUGAAGUGAGGCUGGGCAGGGCCGGACCGCAGGUGAGCCCCGUUCUCUGUUCCUCAGUCACGGGGCCUCCCCGAGGCCUCGCUGAGAAGUAGUGCAGGACUAGAUUCCCGUUCCCCGGCUCUCGAUGAGAGGCGUGAGUGCUUGACCCAGGCGAGGGGGCGAGGGCGCCCGGCCCCAGCCCCGCCCUGCCUUGUGAGCCGGAGAGAGGUCACAGCCAAAGGGAGGGUGUGGUGGAGGGCGACCCAGGGCCUCGCCCACACCCAGGGGGAAAGCCCCGGUUUCUGAGGAGCCUCGCUCUGUAAGAGACCUCCUGUCUCACUUGCACCUCUCGUGGCCUGAUGCGGACCGCGCGGUGGCCAUGUGGCUCCGCUGCCGUGGAAACGGCUGCCGGCCCUUGCUCAGGGGUUCCUGGCACUCCCAGAGGAGGAGCUGCCCACCAUGAGGGGCACGUGUGCCCUCCAGCUCGCCAGCCCUUGUGCAGACGCCCUGGGAGGAGUGUGGGAAAGGUGUGGUGCAGCGGGGCUUCUCCCCCCCCCCCCCCCCCCAGUUCAGCCUCACCUGGGGACCUCCAGCAGCCCCUCGGCCAUAGCGGCCAGCUUCACGGCUUCACCGACUGUUCUUCACACGGCCCUGCUGUUGAUCUAAAGAGGCUGACAAAAAAUGAGCUAUUUAAAUAUUUAUAAAAAUCAGUAUGUGAUAAUUUGGGUGGGUUCUGCUGGGGCAACGUAAAUGGUUUGUUUGGUGUUUAAAAUUUAAGUGUAGAGAUUGUAGAAUGUGGAAUUAGCCUGGCCCUUUCCAGUUUUCUGGCUCACUUCAUCAUCUAGGAAAGACACGCCCCCCUCCCAGAAUAGUUUCCAGAAUGUUCCAUAGACCAGUAUACCUGGAUCCAUCUGUUCCCGCACCCCCUCCACCCCCUAUUCCAGCCCUGCCCUGGCUCUGUCCACUGCCAACCACUUUGAUUCAAUUAGCUUCCUCGCAGGUGGGAGCUGCUAUUUUUCCUAAAUGCAAAUAGUUAAAUAAAAUAUUUUGGGCUCUCAAAUA